AGGAACAUGUUGCAAUCGAUGGCACAACACGCUUCCAGAAACUGGCUGUGGAGGAGGGAAGUGAGAAGUCAGAGAGAAGUCAUCAUUGCCCACACUCCGCCGUCAGGGGGGAGCUGUGACCACCCCAGCUUUUCGCGCUGCUGCGGACGGCGCUGGUGCAGGACUCCAGGACAGGCUGACGUGACACUAUGAUCCAUACACUGCUUCCUCUCCUCUGUCUCAGGCUGUGUGCUGGCCAAGACCUAAGAAGAGACGGGUCACUUCCCAGGCCCUCCCUCCGUGCCUGGCCCAGCUGGAUGGUUCCUGCCAACAGUGAUGUGACACUGCGAUGCUCCAUGCCUGCUGGGGAGGUCGACUUCAGGGACAUCAGGUUUGCUCUCAGAAAGAACAAUGUUCCUUUGAAUGUCUCUCCUGAUUCCCCAAGUGGCCUGGCAGAGUUUCACCUCAGUGACAUACAAACCAGUGACGCUGGAGAGUACACCUGUGAAUACAGGACAGGGAGCCCCACCAGAAGGUCACUGCCCAGUGACGUCCUCCUACUACUGGUGACAGGAGCAUUACCUAAACCUUCCCUCCAAGCCCAUCAAAAAGGUGAGGUGACUGCAGGAGAAAAUCUGACUCUGCAGUGCCAGCAGCCCAGUCAUGUGACAAAACCUCACAUGUUUGCUCUACUGAAGAAAGGAACUUCAACACCCAUACAGCUCCAGGGUCCAGUAGGCAUGGAGACAGACUUCUCCCUGCCAAGUGUGACAGGCAGUGACACUGGGGCCUACAGCUGUGUGUACUACCAACCAAGGGCUCCUUUCUACGCCUCAGAGCCCAGUGAUGACCUCACGAUCUCGGUGACAGAUUCCCCUGGUGCCACACCAACAGAUUACACCUCGGGUAACCUCAUCCGACUGGGACUGUCUGCCCUAAUUAUGGUUCUUAUGGUGGCUUUCCUGGUGGAAGCCUGGUGGAGCCAGAGGAGGUCUCCAGGUGGUCCAGGCCCCGCCUCCUCUACCCACAGGUCCGCCAGCUGCCCCGGAGUGGGACGGGGAGAUGAUGAGUACCUGGUCCAGCAGGACCUGCUGAGUCUUUACAGCUGGAAACCUACAUUCCCAGCCAGCCCAGGACAGGACGCUGGCUUCCUGCUUCCUGUGCGCUUCACCGGGCCCGACGGCAGGACUGAGCGGACUCACCUAACACAUGUUGGAGGACUUGACAAAUACUUAAAACUUCAGCAUCUGACCGGGUAG